GCUCUCGGCCCUUUUUAUACCACCUCGGGUGCGCCUCACUUCCGCACUCCACACUUGAGCCAGCUCCAACCCACACGAGCUAGAGUAGCAAGACUGAGGCCACAAUGACGUCGAUCUCAUCCUUCCUCGUCGUCUUGCUCGUGGCAGCAGCCGCGGCGCCGGCGUGGUCCUCGCCGCAGCCGUCGCCACGGUGCCCGCCGAGCGACCUGCACGCGCUGCUCAGCGUGAAGCAGUCGCUGGGCAACCCGAAGACGCUGUCGACGUGGUCCCAGGCGUCGGCGGAAUGCUGCGCGUGGGACCACGUCCGGUGCGACGAGGCCGGGCGCGUGAACAACGUCUUCAUCGACGGCGCGGACGACGUGCACGGCCAGAUCCCGUCCGCGGUGGCGGGGCUCACGGCGCUCAUGUCGCUGUCCCUCUUCCGCCUCCCCGGGCUCACGGGCACCAUCCCGGCCUGCCUCACCGCGCUCUCCAAGCUCCAGUUCCUCACCAUCUCACACACCAACGUCUCCGGCACCAUCCCGGACUCCCUGGCCCGGCUCCGCAGCCUCGACUCCGUCGACCUCUCCAACAACAAGCUCACCGGCCCCAUCCCCAACUCCUUCGCCGACCUGCCAAACCUCCGGUCGCUGGACCUCCGCCACAACCAGCUCACGGGCCCCAUCCCAGCGGGGCUCGUGCAAGGGGAGUUCCGGUCCCUGAUCCUGUCCUACAACCAGCUCACCGGCCCGAUCCCGCGCGACGAGGCGAAGGACGAGAUCAACACCGUGGACCUCUCCCACAACAAGCUCACCGGCGACGCGUCCCACCUGUUCGUGCAGGGGCGGCCCAUCGGCAAGGUGGACCUGUCGUGGAACAACCUCGACUUCGACCUCAGCAAGCUCGAGUUCCCGCCGGAGCUGACGUACCUGGACCUGUCCCACAACCGCAUCAGGGGCACCGUGCCGCCGUCGCUGGCCCGGCUGUCCACGCUGCAGAAGCUGGACCUCAGCUACAACCUCCUGUGCGGGCCGCUGCCGAAGUACCACGGCGUGAUGAGGCACGGGUGCAAGCCGUACGAGCACAACCAGUGCCUCCGCGGGGCGCCGAUCGAGACUUGCCACCAGUUGUGAGCUCGUCGACGGUGGUGUGUACGUAUACUCGCUGGUGCUUCUUCGCGUGUCCGUGUUUUGUGUAGACAACGGUGCCUGGGGUUUAGCUAGGCAGAGUACAUAUACUGCGUGGCUGUAAUGCCUAUGCGCGAGGUGGAUCCUAAGCUUGAUGGUACGAAACGAUCGCGAUAGCUGUGUCCGUGUACUGUCUGGAGUGUGUUAUGUACUGUAUUUGGCCCAAUGUAUCGAAAAUGUUAAAAUGGGAAUUAUAUUUGGCUUUUAAAUA